AGUUUAUAGUUUAGUUUAUGCUUGAAGCAAACCCGUGAUCUUGACAUUUUUACCUAGGGGAUGAGUACUUGAGGGGGUUAGGCUUUUGAUAAGUUUGUAGUGGGAAUUAUUCUACUUUGAAGUAAUUAUUUUGCUCAAUAGCCGCACCUAUACGGGCACCAUAUCGUAGCUAAUGGGGGUGCCUAGAGUGCUCCAGAGAAUCUAGAAUCCAGAAGUUUUUAAAGAUUUAUGUAUUUUAAAUUGCGUGUAUUAGAACCUACAAAAAAUCUCGAGGGAGCCUCGAUCAUCCUUGAGGGGUCGAAACCCCAUUAGCUACGUCAAUGCAUUGCAAUCCAAACCAAAAAGCAAAUUGAAGCGAGUUCAGAAAUAUUUCGUUCGAUUUGCUCUCCGUCAAACUGACCGUUAGGCCAAUUUCAGACCGGUUCUCGGUCGAUUAAUCAUAAUCAUGUCCGACCGUAGUGAUGUCCGUAUGUAAUAUAACACCACUAGUCACUUAUGACGAAAACAUCGAAACAAUCGGUUGACAGAUUGUUUGUUGCUUGCCAAGCAAAGAGUAGAACCUCCUUGAAGGUACUUUCUUUUUUUAUUUGUAGGGAUUCCUGAAAAUCCUGCCCCAUCAGACUGCAAUUUCUUUCCACUGCAUAGCCCUUAUUAGGCGUGGAUUGAGCAAAUGAAAGGACCGUACCCACCUCAUAUUCAAAACCUGUUGUAAUUUGAGUAGUCAGAACAAAAGAAAAUUGAAUAUGGGAAAAAUCGAUUCCGUCAGGAUCUCGAAACCUUCAGGAUGAAACAGAAGGCCACUUGUUCGAUCAGUCUUGUGAGGGCAGCGCUGCAGAUUGGAACAUACGUUCACGAUGGUGACCCUCAGGAUCUAGAACCGGAUCGUAGCUACCACGAGAAAAAACCAUCACGCUUCACCGCUGUACCGUUCUGCAAGCAACCGGACAACGGUGUCGGGCCUCACCCCACCGCAAUGACUCUGGUCAAGAACAUCCCCAACAAAACGCAACGGGACAAAUGGGGCAAAGAUAUCGAGUUCCUUCUGUCGUGCAUCGCCCUGUCGGUGGGCUUGGGCAACGUAUGGCGGUUUCCGUUCACGGCCCUGGAGAACGGUGGCGGGGCCUUUGUGAUACCCUAUCUGAUCGUGCUACUGCUGGUGGGGCGACCCAUCUACUACCUGGAGAUGCUGAUCGGACAGUUUUCCAGCCGGGGAUGCAUCGAUGUGUACGACGCAUCGCCGGCCAUGCGUGGCAUCGGCUACGGGCAGACCUACUCGACGUUCAUCGUGAUGACGUACUACGCGUCGUUGAUGGGCGUCACGAUGCGAUACCUGAUAGCGUCGUUCGGUGAUCCGUUGCCGUGGAGCGAAUGCCGGGACGGCUGGAAUACGACGUGUAUCGACUCACGGUUGGCGGUCAAUUUCGCGGAAAAUAUAACCGAAAAGAAGGUGUCGUCGGCGGAGCUGUUCUUUGUAAAAGAGGUUCUUAACGAAGCUGAUACCAUAGACGACGGCAUUGGAGCUCCCGACUGGAAGCUGGUGCUAUGCUUGCUAGUACCAUGGACUUGUAUUUGUCUAACCUUGAUCAAAGGAAUCAAAAGCUCCGGCAAAGUGGCAUACUUCCUGGCAAUCUUCCCAUACAUUGUGAUGCUAGUGCUGCUCAUCCGGGCUUGUACCUUGGAGGGUGCCGGCCGGGGAAUGCUGUACUUCAUCAAACCACAGUGGGAUCGAAUCUUCGAAGCCAAGGUGUGGUACUCGGCUGUGACUCAGGUGUUCUUCUCACUAACUGUCUGUUUCGGAAACGUUAUCAUGUACUCGUCGUACAAUCGAUUCUCGAAUAAUGUCUACCGGGAUGUCACCAUCGUGUCCAUCCUGGACACGUGCACUUCCAUGCUCGCUGGACUUAUAGUCUUUGGAAUCAUUGGCCACUUGGCUCAUGUUCUGGAUGCCCCGGACAUUGACAAGGUCGUCCGAGGCGGUGCUGGACUAGCAUUUAUCACCUAUCCCGAUGCAAUAGCAAAGUUCACAUUAUGGCCACAGUUUUUCGCGUGUGCCUUCUUCCUGAUGCUGUUCGUUCUCGGAAUCGGAAGCAACGUUGGAAUGGCAACGACCAUCAUGACCGUGGUGCGGGAUCGAUUCCCCCAAUUGAAGCCGUCGCUGGUGGCGUUCGUGAUAGCGAUCAUUGGGUUCGGAAUCGGAAUAAUCUACACCACUCCAGGCGGACAGUAUUUGCUCGAUUUCUUGGAUUUCUACGGUGCUUCGUUUGUGGCACUGGUGUUGGCUGUGUUUGAGAUGAUAACGUUCUCUUGGAUCUACGGAGUUGGGCGAAUCUGCCGGGAUAUCGAGUUCAUGUUGGGAAUCAAAACCGGACUGUACUGGAGAGUAUGUUGGGGAUUUGUGACACCUAUUUUACUGACUGCUAUUUUGAUCUAUCACGUAGCAACAUACAAACCGAUUACCUUCAAUGGCUACGUUUACACGGAUGGAAUGUAUGCUUUUGGAUGGUGCGUCUUUGCGGCCGGCGUUCUUCAAUUGCCGGCCUGGGCUGUUUAUGCGCUGAUGAAGAGGAAAGAGCCAAGUUGGAAGGAUCGAAUCUUGCAUUGUUUCAAACCGAUGCACCACUGGGGACCAGAGGAUCCAGAACUGAACGCAAAGUACCACGAGACGGUAUACAAGUACGAACAGACCUUGCCCGUUGACAGAAGUUUGCUAAGGAAAAUAGUUGACAAUGUCUUCCAUUAGGUAUAAGUGAGAGUAAGAUUAGGACAAAUUAGUUUUUAAGCAGAACGACAGAUUAGAAAAUAUCAUUUUUUAUGACUUUGAAAAUAUGCAAAUAUCAGUAUUUCUGUCUUGAUCAUGGCAAAACUCAAGUAAGGCAUUAAAAUAAACUGAUUCGAUCUUAUUGAAUCAAUAAACUUAAACAAUAAAAUAUUUUCCUGAAUCUAUUGGAGUAAUUACGAGAGGACUAGGGGGCU